AUGUUCAUUGUACUACCAAUCAUUUUGUCACUGACAUUAUUCUCCGAUCAUAUCGCUGUGAUACUUCUCCUCCAAUCAGUUGCAUUAAUUUCGCUUAUCAUUUUUUCCCUCUGUGAAUACUGUUUUAUUGCCCGUGAAAAGCCAACACUGCGUCAGAUAUUCUAUCAGAUUGUUCAAAAUAUUUCGCAUUUUAGGUCAGUAGCUCUUGUUGCAACAGCAAUCGCAAUCCUCGGUGUUGAUUUCGAUGUCUUCCCACGUCGUUUCGCCAAAACCUACACAUACGGCCGCAGUGUUAUGGAUCUUGGCACAGCUACAUUUGUUUUUUGUUUUGCUGUUGUCGAUGUUUUUCGUGAUUUUCCGGGCAGAGCCAGACUUCCGCAACCACCAACACAAACAAGGUUUUUUCUUCAGAAGCAUUCGAGCAGUACAAUACUUUUGUGCCUGGGAGUCGGGCGAGCACUGCUUUUAUAUCUGUUUGAUUAUCCGCAGCAAGUUGUCGAGUAUGGCGUGCAUUGGAAUUUCUUCAUUACGCUCGCUUUCUUGAGGGCAAUUGUAAAAUUGUUGGGUCGUCGUUUCCAUGUUUUCUAUGGGAUUAUCAUCAUAUCUGUAUAUCAGUACUUAUUGGUUGAGAAAAAUUUACAGGUUGUAACUAUUGAACUUUUUUUACUUAUUUUUGUCUUGAUAAGGCUGAAAUCAUGGUUCUACCGAUGUUUCCAACUGCUAAUGAUCGCAGCGAUGCUUUUUGUUGCUCAGAAAACAGCGGAAAUAUAUGUUGGCCCACCGUCACGACGAAUUGCAAAUCUUCCAUAUGUUCUUGAAAUGCUGGUUUUUCACACCAUUUUAAUGGCUGGAGUUUUGUUCGUUCAACUAGUUUCAGUUUUUGGAUGGGCAGCACAUAUGCCACAGUUCUCUGUGGAUGAAAGUCCGUUUGAACGACUGAAACCAUGCAUAUUGGAUUCGGUGAAUCGAUACGGGAUGCUGUUCUUUCUGCUAACAAAUGUAUUGACGGGUCUGGUUAAUUUAAGUAUUACAACAACAAAUGUGACAAAUGCUCUUCAUUCUACAGCAAUAAUCAUUGCAUACAUGCUUGCAUCCUGUGCCACUAUUCAUUACUAUGUUAGGUUAAGGGAUUAUAGCUGA